AUGAAUGGUGCUAUUGAGGCAUUGUAUAUUUAUGAUGAACAUAAUCGACCUCUUCUACAAAACACCUAUACUUCGCGGCCUCUCUCCUCCACACAGCUCCUCCCGCUUUACCUGGCCCAUCCUGCACCGCGACCUAGUCUGAUAUACCUCCCCAACACAUCUCAGCCCACUCUUCUUUUCAGCCUCAUCCAUUCAAACUUGCUAUUUUGCCUCACUUCCUCCUCAGAAAUCGAACCCCUCCUAGCCCUCGAGUUCUUACAUCGAGUCAUUGAUGUCUUGGAAGAAUUUGUGGGUGCGCCAUUACUGGCGCAAAAGAUAGAAAGUAGCUAUGAUGUUGUGGCUCAGCUUUUAAAUGAGAUGUGUGAUGCGGGCACAGUUAGCUCAACGGAACCUAAUGCUUUAAGAGAUAUGGUGGAGGUGGAAGGAUGGAUUGGGAAGCUUCUAGGGGGUAUAACUAUUCCUGGAAAACCCGGCUUUGCAACUCCCUCCACUUCGGGCAUGUCUGGAUUAUCCUCCACAGGAACACUUGCAGCGAAUACACCAGCACUACCUUGGAGAAGAGCAAAUGUACGACAUACUUCGAAUGAAUUAUAUGUGGAUUUGGUUGAAUCACUCACUGUUACUCUUGCCCCGUCUGGUCGACCAUUGGCUGCGUUUGCAAAUGGAACUAUUGCGUUUACAUCAAAGAUAUCUGGAGUACCGGAUCUCCUUCUAAAUUUGUCCACGCCGUCUGGUAGACAAAAUGUGAGCAGUGUUAUGGAAUUACCAGUAUUUCAUCCAUGUGUGAGGUUAGCGAGAUGGAGAGAAAAGCCAGGGGAACUAAGCUUCGUACCGCCAGAUGGACGGUUUGUUUUAGCUGGAUAUGAAGUCGAUUUACUCCCUUCUACGGGUGGAAAAUCUGGUACUACAAAUUCAUCUCAUCUAAAAUUACCUGUCAAUAUCGAAGUUAAAACUAGUCUUGGUCCAACCGGGUCUGAUUUCGAGGUUCGACUAUUCAUUGUCAAGGUUUCUGGUCAGGGUAAUUCCCCUUUAUCCUCGGGUUCGAAUUCAAGAGGAAAUAGCAAUGCCGUAGCACAUUUGAGCCGGGCCGCGUCACAAUUCAGCGGGGGUCUUAGUGGCAAUAUUGGUGGCAGUAGUGGUAAUAGCACAUCACCCAUCAUCGAAGACUUAGUAGUUACAGUACCAUUACCAGCUGACGUACGGAAUUUAUCGGAGAUUAAAGCGAGUAGAGGCGACACAACAUAUAAUCCAGGUGAAAAGAAUCUAGAAUGGCAUAUACCAGCCAGAGAUGCGAUGGCAGGUGGAGCAACCUUACGAUGUACAGUCGUGGGACCAUUAUCAAGCGAAGAAGAGUACGAUGGGAAUGGUUUCAGACUCGAUGGGGAAUAUGAUUAUGACACAGAAACAUAUCAAAGCGCUCCAGAGAAAACGAAGGUGGAGACUACCUCAAAUAAUGAAAGCAAAGAUGCAAGAAAAGUAGCGCAGAAUAAAAUCCUAAUGCCUAGUUCAGCAGCAGUUAGCUUUUCAGUUAAAGGGUGGCUGGCUAGUGGGAUCAAAGUGGAGAGUCUAACGAUUGAUACGAGGAAGAGUAGAGGAUUGGGAGAGGGCAUUAAACCUUAUAAAGGGGUGAAGUAUUUGACUAUUAGUAGGGGUGGUAUUGAGGUUAGGUGUUAA